GUAGACUCGAAAGAACCGCAUAUGAAUAUCAAAGAGACAGCUCAGCCUUCAGACCUUAUAGAGGUUCAUACAAAAUUUGCCUCAGCGACUGCGGCAUCAACCGAGGGAGAGGGAGGUAACGAUGAGAAGAACGGUUUGCGUGCAUCAGAAGAAACUUCGAGUGCUGCUGCAAGUUCAGUCAAUUUUUUGAAAGAGGAAUCAGUUACUGAAACGUUUUCCUUGCAGAACUGUCAAGAUAUCUUUUUGAGUGGCGAACGGAGGAGCGGUGUUUACAGUGUCGUCUUGCCUUUGAUUGGUGACAGCGAUGUUGUUUGUGAUAUGGGAAAGAAUAGUGGAUGGAAUGUGAUUCAAAGGCGUUUUGACGCUUCAGUAGCUUUUGAAAAUCGGACCUGGGACGAGUACGAGUCUGGUUUUGGCGAUCUAAAUGGCUCUUUUUGGCUAGGGCUCAAAAAGGUAAUGGGACUUCGAAAGCCGCUUACUUUAAGAAUUGAAAUUCGGGGUGACCGGUGCAACGACAGCAGAUGUUCGCAGUUGCCGAACGGCUUCUGGUUUGGAGAAUGGGACUUCAAGGUCAAUGGUAGCGAUUCGAAUUAUGCAUUGUGGCUCUCUCAUGCAAAAGCUGGGAAUCUCACAGAACGGAACACACAGGAUAAGUUCCAGUAUAUGAACAGUGGGCAGCAGUUUACUACUGUCGAUCGUGAUAACGAUCGUUUGAGGGACGGAAACUGUGCAAUUUUUCGCGGAUACGGGUAUGCUUUUACAAUCACUCAUAUUUUCCAUUUCUAUUGA